CGAAGAUAUAGGGGGAAACUUCACAAUGGGUGUCUGGGACGUCUUCACAGGCAAACCAAAAGCGACGGCGACAGCGACAGCAACUACAGACAAUCUCCACGACCACGCCGGAAACCAAAUAGCGCAACCCACCUUCACCACCCCGACCGCCGAAGAUGUCGGCAGCUUCAUCACCAGCCCUUCAGCAGGCUUCGACCCCGCCGCGCUCCACCCGCUAGCAGGUCUCAACCAAGAUACGCUCGACUACCUCACUCUCGACGAAGACAUCCUCUCCGACCUCCCCGGCAGCCAGUCCCUCCUCCCGUCGCGAGGCUGGUCCGACGAUCUCUGCUAUGGGACCGGCGUCACAUACCUCUCUGGCCUGGUGAUAGGAGGCGCGUGGGGUUUGAGGGAAGGGUUGAGCAAAUUACCUUCGACUGCGCCUCCGAAGCUGCGACUGAACUCGGCGCUCAACUCCAUCACGAGAAGAGGGCCGUUCCUGGGGAACUCGGCAGGUGUGGUGGCGAUGAUGUACAAUGGUAUUAACAGCACGAUUGGAUAUUAUCGGGGGAAACAUGAUGCUCUAAAUAGCAUCGCGGCGGGGAGUAUCAGUGGAGCGGUGUUCAAGGCGACGAGAGGAGUGAGGCCGAUGAUGAUUUCUAGUGCGAUUGUGGGGUCGAUGGCGGGUUCAUGGGCGCUGGCGCGCAAGGCGUUAUUGGAGGAAUAGACGGGGUGUAUAAUACCGCAGAGACGAUGACUACAGCAGAGCGCAUCUUCAUCACUCCGCCACAGUGGGUGCGGGUCUGCUUUGUGUAAGAGGCGAAGCGAGGCGAAGCGGCAUCUGCAUACGAUAGAUCUUGUCCACCAUCAAGGCGGGCGGCAUAGCGAGGCGCUGCUGGGGUUGUGUAUAAUCACUCUAUCACCACUCUAUUUCUUGCACAUACCGAUCAGAGUUUGUCUGAGAAUUGCUGAUGAGAUGUACACAAAUGUAAUAGAA